AUGAGGAACUCAAAGCCUAAAUCAGGCCAGAGGCCUCCUACUGCUAGAGAUGGUGCUUCCCCACAUUUGUCUAAGGGGCUUAAUCCAGAGACCCCUCCAUUUGAAGGAUCAAAUACGGGUGCCACAUUCUAUACUAGUUCUAGAGAGUCUACUCUCUUGCAAGUGGCACACGUCUUUGCCUUCAAUCAAAAUGAGCCUGGUAAUAGAAUGUCUUUAUAUGUCCUAUUGGACAGAGGGAGCCAGUGCUCAUAUAUUACUCGAAGUGCAUGCCAGAGGUUGGGAUUGCCAUCUCUGGGCACUAAAUCAGUUUCUAUAAUGACCUUUGGGUCUAGAAAGGAGUGUCGUACUGAAUGCCAUGUUGUAAAACUGGGUCUUGAGCUUAAAAAUAAUGCUCAUAUGGAGCUUAAGCUGCUCACAGUUACCCACAUUUGUGAGCCAUUGACAUAUGAAGCCAUAGAUUUGAAUAAGUAUCCUCAUCUGAAUAAUUUGGACUUUUCUAUUUCAUUAGAUCAUUGCCAGCAGAUAAAGCCAGACAUCUUAAUUGGAUCUGACCAGUAUUGGUCUCUACUUACAGGUGAGAUAAUGAAGAGUAACAAUAGACCUGUUGCUCUAAACUCAUGCUUUGGCUGGAUUUUAUCUGGUACUGCUGCUAUGAAACAGUCUAGUGCACGGAGUGCUACUAUGGUCACCCAUGUUUUAAGGGUUGAUGGUGUCCAUGAAGACAUGAGCCUAGAACAUAGAUUACGUUCAUUUUGGGAGCUAGAAUCUUUAGGAAUUUUGGAAGAUGAGAAUUUAGUGCAAACUCAAUUUGGUGAUCAUGUGAAGUUUGCUAAUGGUAAGUAUGUUGUGUCCCUGCCUUGGAAAGACUCUUGCAUUUCUCUUGCUGAUAACUAUCAGCUUUGUUUACGUCGAUUGAGUGGUUUGUUUAAGCGCCUGAAGAGCUCUCCUGAGUUAUUGAAGAAAUAUAUUGAUAUCAUUAGAGAGCAACUAGCCUUGGGAAUUACUGUCCCUGUUGAGAACUCUGAAGAAUGCAGUGUGGCUCGUAUACACUAUUUACCACAUCAUUGUGUGUUGAGACAGGAUAAGUCUACUACAAAAUUAAGAAUUGUAUACGAUGCCUCUGCUAAGACUAACGGUCCAUCAUUGAAUAAUUGCCUCCAUAUAGGACCUUCAUUGCAUCAAAAGGUUUUUGAUAUUCUUUUGAGAUUUAGGAUGUGGCCUAUUGCUAUUGUGGCUGAUAUAGAGAAGGUGGUAGCAAUGGCAGAGUUUCCUGCUCCCAGGAGGAGACCAACGUCUCAGAAUUUAACCCCACAUUGUCACAUGGGAUUAUGGAGAUAUUGUGAUUAUAAAAUAGUCUCGAGGGCCGAAUCCUGGUUGGGGGAGGAGAGGAGUUUGGCAUACAUCUCGACUUCCGCUUGUUCUCCUGGAAUGCGGAAGUCACAUGGGCAUGCCUAA